ACCGUGUCCUGUCCGUCAGAAACGAUGGCGGCUGCAGGUUCGGACCUGGUGAGAACUCUGCUGUUCACCGUCAACAACCUGCUGCAGCAGGAGAAGCACAAAGCGGCUCUGGCUGUUCUGAAAGGAUUCCGGAACGGAGUCGUGUAUGGAGCUAAGAUCCGAGCCCCUCACGCCCUGGUGAUGACAUUUCUCUUCAGAAGUGGCAGUUUGAAGGACAAGCUCAAAGCCAUCUUGAAGGCCACCUACACCCAUUCCCGUAACCUGGCGUGCUUCGUGUUCACAUACAAAGGACUUCAGACCCUGCAGCAGAGGAUCCAGGGGAAGAGUUUACAGUCCCACUCCUUUCUGGCAGCGUGUGUCGGCGGCUGGUUGGUGUUUGGCAACAACAACAGCAUCAACAGCCAGAUCAACAUGUACCUGCUGUCCAGGAUCUUGUUCGCCCUGUCUCGUCUGGCCGUGGAGAAGGGAAUCGUGCCGCAGCCCAAGCGCGACCCCUUCCCUCUGUUUGCCACGCUGGUGUGGGGCAUCGUCCUGUGGCUGUUUGAGUACCACCCACACACCCUCCAGCCCUCGCUGCAGUCCUCCAUGAACUACCUCUACCACGACAGCAACGUGUGGCAUGACAUAACAGACUUCCUCGUUUAUAAUAAACCCAGGACGGCGGCUUAAAAGUGAAACUAACUUCUUAUUUUGAAUAUGAAGAAGCCGGCUGCAGAACAGUAGAAACCACUGUGCUAUGAAUAAAUACAGGAAAUUAGCAGCUGAGGAAAUGCUUUCAUAAUUCGGGAAAGAAAGUUAAAAAUUCUUAAUAGUAAGUGUGCAAGAAAUUAAGUAUUGAGGUGAGUAAAACCAGAAAUGGAAUAGUAGAAUAUUAAAAUGAAAACAAUCCAGAAAAUAAACAUAGAUUAAAAGUAUCUACCUGUAAAUAAAUCAGUAAAAUUUGAUUAAAGGCCAAAUUGAAAAGUUUGAAGAUAAGUCUAAUCAGUAGAUAGGACCACGACCUUUAAAAGUUUUUUAAUAAGUAAGCAGCCUUUUAAAUAGCUCUGAAAUAAACUGGGCCAGUACCAGUAUAAUAGAUGAACUGUGUUUUUCUCAUUCUGCUCUUAGUCAACUCACACAAGCUGCUGUGGUUUGAAGCAGUUGUAGUUGAGAUGUAUUUUUCUCGGUGAGACCAGAAAGCUUCACAGUCCUGCAAGUAUUCUAGAUGUGCAGUAAUGUUUCCGUAUUGACUCUGACAGUCCUGCAGAUGAUAAAUAACAUUCUCAUGUGUCAGUUCUAGUACUAAUAUUCCAGUGAUGUUGAAUGUUGCCUUCUUUCAAUUAUUCGUUGAUUCUUGUUUUGUAUGAUUGUCAGUUUUAUGAUUCGCCGACCUAUUAAUGUUCUUGUGUCAUUGUUCAUGAUUUGUUUUGAGCCGAAUGUGGAGCUGAAACAAGUCCACACAUUUACGUGUCUUUGAUAUCAGGCAGAACCAGCUUAACAUGUCAAUGUCUUUGUCCCCUGCGGCUGUUUGGUGGAUUGUGUCAGUUUGUUUUUGACAAACAGCCCAGAUCCAUAUAUACAGCUGCUGCAGAAUAAAAGGUAAAAGAUGUUUAAUGCAUUAUGUUGUGAAAUAUUCAGUUAUUAUAUAUUAUAUAAUAUUGACAUUGUCAUCGAAGGAUUUGCACAACAGAAGUUACGCAAUACCCAAUAAAUAAAAAACAGAAAACUAUUGA